AUGGCCGUCAAGAUCAGCAUCGGCCUCUUGGCCCUCUCUCUCACCCUCUCGCUCGUCCACCUCGAGGGUGCCAGCGCCGGAAUGGCCACUAGAUACUGGGAUUGCUGCCGUGCCAGUGCAAGUUGGAUGUACAAGGCUCCGGUCUACGCUCCUGUUGACGUCUGCAAGGCGGAUGGCGUGACUCUCAUUGAUCCCAAGACCGCCAAUUCGGGAGGAAGAGGACACCGAUUGUGCUUCUACGCCGAGUUUGCCCACGAUGCACAGGGCAAAUCUAUGAAGAGGAACAAGCUCAUCUUCCAGGUGACCAAUGUCGGAGGUGAUGUACAGAGCCAGAACUUCGACUUUCAGAUCCCCGGUGGUGGACUGGGUGCCUUUAUUCAGGGCUGUCCAAAGCAGUGGGGCGACAAGGCCUCCGACUGGGGCGAGACGUACGGCGGCGUCAAGUCGUCUUCGCAGUGCGCUAACCUGCCGGAGACGCUCCAGGAGGGAUGCAAGUGGCGCUUCUCCAACUGGGGAGACAACCCCGUCAUGAAAGGCUCUCCCAAGCGCGUCAGGUGCCCCAAGAGCCUCAUCGACCGCUCGGGUUGCCAGCGAAAGGACGACAACACCAUCAGCCCUUUCUCGGGCAAGGUCGACAGCGGCAACACGGCUGCUCCCGCUAAGUACAAGCGCGAUCGAAGCGUCUGCCUGGCUGGUGGUAGCAAGAAGGGCUCCAGUGCUGAUGCUGAGAGUGAAGUUGGUACCGGUGUUGGUACCGUUGCCGGUGCUGGUGCUGCUGAUGGCUCCGCUGUUACUUCGGCUGAUGGCUCCAGUGAUGGUUCCAAGGAUAAUGCCGAGGAUGAUUCUAAGGACGCGGUUCAAGAAGGCUCUCAGGGCGGGAGCGUCAUUUCUCUUGCCCCCAGUGCUGACGGCCAGGGCGAUGGAUCGGCUCCAGAAGACUACCAGCCCACCGUCCCCAAGAAGCACAAUGUCUGCCGCAACAAGAAGCACUGA